AUGAACAAGUGGACUGAGAAGAGAUUUGAUAAUCUUCUCUUCAAUGUGGGCCUUGUCCUUAGACUGGUGUUCGCGAAAAAGAAUCGGAAAUGGAUUCGAUGUGUGAUGUGCUUGACCAUACUGGGCUUCCUGUACAGAACAUGGGUCUACUUUGUCAUGAAACGGGAUGUAAGGAUUCGAGUUUCUUAAUGAUUAUAAAUUUACAGGUAGAACGAUACUUUAUCAUCAAUUCCGAGCCUUAUAGAGACGAUUACUGCGUAAUAUACGAUUAUUGGCCAGUCGACUCAAUUUAUAAUGAAACGGUGACCUUAACAUUACAUGCAACUUUGCCUUUUGUCGAAUAUUUGGAAGAGCACGUAAGUUCGAACCAAUUUAACAAGGAAAGUACUUCUAUGGGGUGUGGAGUUACAGGUCGAGAUAUAUAUCAAAAAAUUCGCAAAAAUUUUCUGAUUCGGAAUAUAUAAAAAUUAGCUGCCUAAUUUUUGUCUACCUACGAGUUUUAUCAAUAAAUGUAUUUCUCGAGGAAAAAAAUCUGCGGCAACAAAAGCGCGCUCGGUCUCUUCCUUCGGAAGAGAGCGGUGUGGCCGAGUGGUUAGAGCGCCAGAUUGGAAAUCCGAGGGGAACGGGUUCGAUUCCUUUUGCCACACGAGAACCCAUUUUUUACAUUGGAACUAGUUUUAAGUGUAGUUGUAAUCAAAUUUGAUAUUUUAAGGCUUGUCAAGGCUUCAGAAUUUAUUUUAGCACAAAAUAAAAUUUUUUUAUUGGUAAAAACGCGGCCAAAAAGACACUUGCAUGGUGUCGCGAGAAAACUUCUGAGGACAAAAACAUGUCAUCAGACCAAAAUUAGGCAGCUAAUUUUUAUACAUUCUGAAUCAGAAAAUUUUUGCGAAUUUUUUGAUAUAUAUCUCGACCUGUAACUCCACACCCCAUAGAAGUACUUUCCUUGUAAAUCACAAACUCUCAGGUCGGAGUGUGGAGUGGAGCCAUCUCCGUGGGCGUUCUGAUGCCAUCGCCCUCACAAAUGGGCACCAAACUUGCUUCCAAGACCUUUGUGGUAUGUUUUGUUCUAUUUUGAAAACUAGUUUCUAUCUUGUGUUUCGGAAAGCGGUUUGCCAAAAAAGAGAUGGCUAUGCAAACAUAAAGCCAGAAAUCAAACUUCAGGACGGAUUAUCCAAAAUCGAAUUGUUGGAGAAGUCGAGACUCUCAGGGAAAGUAGGAAUUCACCUGUUUUACGAGCGACCCAUCUUCGGAUCAUGCGGGGAAAUCAUCGUGGAUGCUUGGGAAAUGACUCGAGAUGAGGUAAUAUGAAGGUCAGACAAAGAGAAAAUAACGAGGAUCUCCGAUUAGCAAUGUCUUUUCAGGAUUAUCUAACCUUCCUCUUCCCCAAAUCAAGACCAACUCCAUAUUAUCCAGUGAAUACGGCGAGAAAUGUGGCCAGAUUGGGGGCGAAGUCAAGGUUGUUUUUGUCUUGCGAUACCGAAAACCUUCCCGUAAACAAUUAUGAACCCAGAAUGAGGAAAUUGGCGCAGAAAGAACUUAUUGAGUAAGACUUUUCAGUGAGACAUUCACAAUGUUACGCAAUUUUGCCGAGAUUAACCAACGCCAGCUUUCAGGAAAGGCCAAAAAAUGGUGCUAGUUCAUCGCCGAUUUGAGAUCGCUGACGCAGCCGAACUGCCCAAAAGCAAGACUGAAUUAUUCGUAGGUUGAUUACAGAAUUGUUUCAUCCUCUUAGGAACUGUACAAGUUGGAAUAUGCAUUAGAAUUCCACAAGAACUUUUACCCCGCAGGGCAUUCAAUUCCAUUCGUCGACGAAUGGUUCCAAGUGCCGGAGGACAAAAACGAGACCUCAAUAUUCAAGGUAAAACUACCACUCCUUCGUAGUAGAAAUCACCAAAAAUUGCCUUCGAUCUGCUUACUCUACCGUUUUAUUAUAGAUAGUGGACUAUAAUAACGGAGAAUGGGAGCCCCAGUUCGUCGGCGAUACCCUCGCCGUCCCCCUUCACGAUGAAUCUUUUCCUUAUCCAAACCGAGGCCAUACCGAGCUUGGCUACGAGACAUGCAGAGCAGGUUUCAAAUUCGCCGUUGUAAACGAUCUUUUUACCAUGCAUAUUGGAGUGAAGACAGGACAAUCAAAUGCAGAAAAAAAGGGAGUUCGAAGUUGGGAACCAAGUUAUCUACGAGUGGUUGAUAGAUAUCUGCGAAGGCUGGACAAAGCGUAUCCAGAGACGAACAAGAAAUGUGGGCUCUUUAAACCAUAA